AUGGCGAUAUGUCGAUCGGUGACCAACUUCGCUCUGGACGUCCAUCAACUGCCCGAAUCGACGAAAAUUCAAAAGCUUGUCCUUGCAGACUCUCAACUGAAAAUCGAUCAACUAUCCGUAAGUAGUGGGUUGUCCUGGAGUUCGGUUCAGCGAAUUUUAAUACAAGAUUUGGGAAUGAAAAGGGUUAUUGCCAAGUUUGUUCCUCGGGCUCUGACUGACCAUCAAAAAGAGCAUCGAGCUGAAACAUGUCGUGCUUUGAAACAGCAGCUUGUAUCUGAUCCAAAUUUUCUGUCAAAGAUCAUCACUGGUGAUGAGACUUUGUGCUACGGUUAUAGACCAGAAACGAAACAACGGUAA